AGUUACGUCCUGGUGAGGACCUAAGCAAGCAGUGAAUCGGUGUUGAUAAAGGAAUCAAGCAAAAAAUUGUGGCAAUGAAAGAGCACAGGAAUGAAAGGACAUCUCUCGUAGCAUAUACAAAUAAAGACAAGAAUAAUGCACCAGAAAAAAUUAAAAAUUACCCUGAGCAAGAGAAGCAGAACCUAUACACAGACGAGACAAGCGAACCGACAAAACAUGAUGAUUCUCUAAACGUAACUACUUUUGAAGAUAUUCUGAACUUCGUGGGAACGAGAGGACGCUGGAACGUAAUGCUACUCCUCCUCUACAUCUGUACAUCCUGUGUAACGGCAAUGCAGACCUUGUCCUACCAGUUCCUUGGAGCAACCCCAGACCACUGGUGCCACGUCGAACCCUUGAUUCAGGCUGGCUGGACACAGGAACAAAUACUCGACUUUGCAAUUCCUGUCGACGAGAAUGGCAAACAUGAGAAGUGUUUCAUGUAUGAUUACAAUUACUCACUGGCGGCGGAGGUGGGCUACAAAGUAUCCACCGCAUCCAGGCAGAACAAUUCAGGCUUGGUGCCUUGCUACUCGAGGGACUUUAACCGUUCACAGUAUCAAUCUACUGUGACGACCGAGUGGGAUUUAGUUUGCGAAAGAAGAGCCUUGUACUCCACUACGCAGGCGGCGGUGGAGAUUGGCAAGCUAAUUGGCUUCUUCUUAACGGGAUACCUGUCUGACAUAUUCGGGCGGCGGACACUGGUAAUGUUUAACGCGGCAGUAUUAAUCCCAGCAUCAUUCGGCUGCGCUCUCUCCUUCAGCGUAGGAUUCUACAUCUUCCUCAAAGUUGUCACUUUAAUCGCUGCUGCGGGCACCAUCCUCGGAACCUAUGUUUUAAUGAUGGAGACGAAUGCAACCUGGGAACGAGAGAAGACAAGCACCAUGACCGCUAUUAGCUGGUCAGUGGGUUACAUGUUAAUCCCCGUCGUGGCAUAUUACAUCCGAGCCUGGAAAGGGUUGCAAGUUGCCAUCUCUUUGCCCACGCUUGCAAUGAUCCCAUUCUACUGGUUCUUUCCAGAGUCGCCCCGUUGGCUGAUUACACAAGGGAGAUUCGAAGACGCGCUGAAAGAGCUCAAGGAGGGUGCCAGAGUUAAUGGCAGAACGCUUCCGUCAGACAGCUCUUUGCUGGCUGCCAUGCAGCGAUUGCAUGCCAAGACAUCUGGUGAACAUGAACCUGAAGCUGCGGCGGCGAGCGGGUGUGGAUGUACAUCUCAGUGGCUCAUUAGAAUAUUGAGAGAAUAUUUUACCUUGCUAAUGGUGAAAGAAGUGAGACAACGCACGCUCAUAGUAUUCUGUUGCUGGUUUGUGAGCGGCCUUGUUUAUUAUGGCAUUUCAUUGAACGCCACUAACAUAAGUGUCAGUGUCUACCUGUAUAUGUUCCUCGGCGGACUGGGGGAGAUCGUGAGCUUGUUUUUGAUGUGGCUGCUAAUCACACAUGUGAGAAGAGUGAAAUCUCUUUUGCUGCUGUGGCUCAUCUGUGCCUUCACCAUGCUCACGGCUGCAUUUGUUAUGGCCUGCUAUCCCAAGACUCCCACCAGCUUCAUCAUGUUCUUGUCAUUGACCGGUAAGAUGGCCAUCACCGCAGUUUUCGCAAUCAUGUGGUUGAUCACCCAGGAGUUGUUCCCCACCAAAUACCGCUCUCUGGCCACAAGUCAGGCCAAUGUUGCUUCAAGGAUAGGGAGCAUCUUUUCACCCUACAUUAACGAUCUAUUGGGAGACGCGGCAGUGUGGGCCCCGUCCGUGAUAUACUGCGCCACAACAUUUCUGGCGGCAAGCCUCUCCUCCCUCCUGCCGGAAACUAAAGGUCGCUGUUUGCCUGAAAAUUUUUCUUUAAUGCCUGACACCAAAGAUAAUGAAAACAUGGGAUAUUUGCCAAACACAGAAACAGGCUUUGUAAAAGUUCCUAUAAAGUCAAGAAACUCAAAUGUUCAGCCACAGGCAACGAGCGAUACGGCGGAAGUCACGGACACAAAGCAGUAGUUCGGCUUAUCCGUUAUUCGACAAGUGGCACCGAAACACUGUAAUGUAAUAUGACAGACACUCAUUUGCUCAAAACUAAAAUACUGUAUUGACAUGGUAAAGGCAUUGUCUUCUACUCCUACAGUGUUUCGUAUACUACAUUCUUCAAACUACGCUUUGUUUUCCAAUUAUCUUUCUUCAAGAUCUGCAAAACUACAAAUUCACAGGUUAAGAUGAUCUACGUUGAAGCCACAACCCCUUUCUUCUCCCUAUAGGCAGGGCAGCUGACUGGUCCACCCCAAGUUCUUAUCACCGGAGUUUGGCGCGUUGACAGACAAAUUAGUAUAAAUAACAUGUUUAUCCUCAUUUUUGAAGAUCAUCCAAGGACAAGGCUAGCUGAGAAGGCGACAGAAAAUAUCUUAAAUAUAAAAAUUUUGGGAAAUGGCGAUCAGGUGUUCCGAUGAAACGCAAAAAGGAACCGAAGCGCGGCCAUUGUAUCAGUUUAGCUCAGCUCGCGGCGAUUAUAGUCAGUUCCAAAAAAGAUGGCGAAUUUGCACAGGGAAGCCAUCCCCUCUUUGCCGGCUAGACUUCAUCCCUUUUCACCUGAUUGGCUGUUGAUGGUAUAAGGAAGUAAAUCAGUGAGACGCUUUGUUAUUUGAAAGUAUUGAACUGUAAAGUAACAAUUUGCAGAAUACGAGUGCCGUCAGGAAGACAUUUUACAGUAGCACGCUUCGCUUCAUAGGGCGAAUAUUGGCCUUUUUUUGUAUGUAUAUUAUUCAUGUAAUCAUAUGCAAUUCAUGUAAUCAUAUGCAUGUACAAAAUAACCAAGGAAAAAAUGUAUAAUAAAAACGUUCUCCCAGCAUUAUAAACCUGGUCUUCUAUAAUCAUUAAUAAAAAGUGUAAAAAA